AUGGGAAGUAAGAAUCAAUUUGAAUUUAUUAGAUCUUUGUGGACAAGAAAGGCAAGAGCCGACGCAGAUAAUGCAAUCGAAAGUCAAAUUGGAUAGAACGUUUGGAAAUCUGAGAAUUCAAGUAAUUCAGGGAGAAGUUUUAUCAGAAAAGGCAAAUGCUUUUUGUAAAUUAUCAUAUUAAUAUCUAAGUAAAUGCUGCAAAUGAACCCUAUAACACUUAAUUCAUUAAGAAGAUAAAAGAAAUCAAAAAAUCCCCAAGUAUUAUCUUUUCUAUAUCAUAGUAAAAAGUGGAGUUCCCUUAUUACUGAAGUUUGAACCAAACAAUAUUGAUUAUAUCAUAAUGAUUAAAUUGUGUGAAGAAUAUGUAAGAUUUAUUAUUUAAUAUUUAGGAGGAAGAUUGCGCAAAUUAGAGAACAUAAGCAUUUCUUGCUUCUUUUGAAUUGGCAAAUAAGAAUAACCUAAAAAUCCUUUCCUUUACAGAUCCUCCUUAAUAACUUACUUAAAAAACUGAAGAUCAUUAUUAUAUUGAUUUAUUUUUAUCAGCAUUAUUGAAGCACAAAAGAACAAAACAGGAUUGUAAAAUCCAAUAAAUUAAAUUGAUAAAUUUGGAUAUGAAGCUUUAAAAUGUAUAUAUUUAAGCCAUUCAACAACAAGCUGAAAAGCUCAAUAAUAAUAAAUAAGAAGAGGAUGUUUAACAUUAAAUUUAAUAAUAAGAAAUAUAAACUCAAUAAUCUGAGAAUUCAGACUUAUUAGAAAAGCAAAGCGAUAAUUAAAUUGUGCAAUUGAAUGAAAAUAAAACAAAUGAGAAAAUUGCAGAAGAUGUACACGAAAUUAAAUAAGUUAUUAAUGAGGUUCAUUAAACUCAAGUUUAACAUGAAAUAAAAGAAAAUUAAGAAAUCGCUAAAGUAGAAUAAGUGAACUAAUAAUAAGUUGUACAAGUUGAAGUUGAAUCAAGACAUCAAAAAAAGGUAGAAGAAAUAGUAUAAGAAAUCAAAUAAGAAGCUCAUGAUACUAAUAAUUAAUAAUAGCAGAAAUAAGAUUAAGAAUCUGCUAAAGUUGUAUAAGUUGAAGUUGAACCCAACCAUCACGAGAAGGUAGAAGAAGUUAUACACGAAAUCAUAUAGGAAGCUCAUGAAGCUCAUUAAACUGAUGAUUAACAUGAGAAGAAAGAAGUUGAAGAAUCAGCUAAAGUAGAAUAGGUUGUUUAAGUUGAAGUUGAAUCUACCCAUCAUGAGAUAGUAGAAGAAAUUGUACAAAAAGUAAAAUAAGAUGUUCAUGAAACUCAUGAGUAACAUGAGAAAAAAGAAGAUGAAGAAAAUACUAAAGUAGAAUAGGUAAGUUAAGAAUAAGUUGAACAAGUUGAACCUGAAUCUAGUCAUCAUGAGAAGGUAUAAGAAGUUAUACAUGAAAUCAAAUAAAAGGUUCAUCAAUCUCAUUAAGCUGAUGAUUAACAUUAGAAGAAAGAGAAUGAAGAGGCUGAUUAAGUUGAAUAAGUUGUAUAAGUUGAAUCUAGUUAACAUGAGAAGGUAGAAAAAAUUAUCCAUGAAAUCAAAUAAGAUGAAGCUCAUUAAGCUGAUGAUUAACAUGUGAGGAAAGAAAAUGAAGAUGCUGAUAAAGUUGAAUAGGUUGUAUAAGAUGAAGUAGAAUCUAACCCCCAUGAGAAAGUAGAAGAAAUCGUACAUGAAAUCAAAAAAGAAUCUCACGAAGUCCAUUAAGCUGAUGAUAAACAUGAAAAGAAAGAUGAUGAAGAUGCUGAUAAAGUUGAAUAGGUUGUAUAAGCCGAAGUUGAAUCCCACCAUCAUGAGAAAGUAGAAGAAAUCAUACAUGAAAUCAAAAAAGAAUCUCACGAAGUCCAUUAAGCUGAUGAUAAACAUGAAAAGAAAGAUGAUGAAGAUGCUGAUAAAGUUGAAUAGGUUGUAUAAGCCGAAGUUGAAUCCCACCAUCAUGAGAAAGUAGAAGAAAUCAUACAUGAAAUCAAAAAAGAAUCUCACGAAGUCCAUUAAGCUGAUGAUAAACAUGAAAAGAAAGAUGAUGAAGAUGCUGAUAAAGUUGAAUAGGUUGUAUAAGCCGAAGUUGAAUCCCACCAUCAUGAGAAAGUAGAAGAAAUCAUACAUGAAAUCAAAAAAGAAUCUCACGAAGUCCAUUAAGCUGAUGAUAAACAUGAAAAGAAAGAUGAUGAAGAUGCUGAUAAAGUUGAAUAGGUUGUAUAAGCCGAAGUUGAAUCCCACCAUCAUGAGAAAGUAGAAGAAAUCAUACAUGAAAUCAAAAAAGAAUCUCACGAAGUCCAUUAAGCUGAUGAUAAACAUGAAAAGAAAGAUGAUGAAGAUGCUGAUAAAGUUGAAUAGGUUGUAUAAGCCGAAGUUGAAUCCCACCAUCAUGAGAAAGUAGAAGAAAUCAUACAUGAAAUCAAAAAAGAAUCUCACGAAGUCCAUUAAGCUGAUGAUAAACAUGAAAAGAAAGAUGAUGAAGAUGCUGAUAAAGUUGAAUAGGUUGUAUAAGCCGAAGUUGAAUCCCACCAUCAUGAGAAAGUAGAAGAAAUCAUACAUGAAAUCAAAAAAGAAUCUCACGAAGUCCAUUAAGCUGAUGAUAAACAUGAAAAGAAAGAUGAUGAAGAUGCUGAUAAAGUUGAAUAGGUUGUAUAAGCCGAAGUUGAAUCCCACCAUCAUGAGAAAGUAGAAGAAAUCAUACAUGAAAUCAAAAAAGAAUCUCACGAAGUCCAUUAAGCUGAUGAUUAACACGAAAAGAAGGAUGAUGAAGACUCUGAUAAAGUUGAAGAAGUUGUGUAAGUUGAAGUUGAACCCAGCCAUAAUGAGAAGGUAGAAGAAAUAGUACAUGAAAUCAAAUAAGAAGCUCAUGAUACUCAUGAAGCGAAAGCUGAACAUGAGAAAGUUGAGGAAAUAGUGUAAGAAAUCAAAUAAGAGGUUCAUUAAGCAGAAGAUUAACAUGAGAAAAAAGAGGAUGUAGAAUCUGCUAAAGUUGAAUAAGUUGUAUAAGUUGAGGCUGAAUCCAGUCAUCAUGAGAAAGUAGAAGAAAUCGUACAAAAAAUCAAAUAAGAAGCUCAUGAAAAUAUUGAUGACCAAAAGAAAAAAGAAGAUGAAGAUAUUGAUAAAGUAGAGUAAGUUCCUUAAGAAUAAGUUAAAUCAGUUGAAGUUGAAUCUAGUCACCAUGAGAAAGUAGAAGAAAUUGCCCAUGAAAUCAAAUAAGACGAAGCUCAUUAAGCUGAUGAUUAACAUGAGAAGAAAGAAAAUGAAGAUGCUGAUAAAGUUGAAUAGGUUGCAUAAGCCGAAGUUGAAUCCCACCAUCAUGAGAAAGUAGAAGAAAUCAUACAUGAAAUCAAAAAAGAAUCUCACGAAGUCCAUUAAGCUGAUGAUUAACAUGAAAAGAAAGAUGAUGAAGAAUCUGAUAAAGUUGAAGAAGUUGUGUAAGUUGAAGUUGAACCCAGUCAUCAUGAGAAGGUAGAAGAAAUAGUACAUGAAAUCAAAUAAGAAUCUCACGAAGUCCAUUAAGCUGAUGAUUAACAUGAAAAGAAAGAAAAUGAAGAUGCUGAUAAAGUUGAAUAGGUUGUAUAAGAUGAAGAAGAAUCUAACCCCGAGGAGAAAGUAGAAGAAAUCGUACACGAAAUCAAAUAAGAUGAAGCUCAUUAAGCUGAUGAUUAACGCGAGAAGAAAGAGAACGAAGAUGCUGAUAAGGUUGAAUAAGUUGUGUAAGGAGAAGUUGAAUCUAGCCAUCAUGAGAAAGUAGAAGAAAUUGUACAAGAAAUCAAAUAAGAUGAAGCUCAUUAGGCUGAUGAUUAACAUGAGAAGAAAGAGAAUGAAGAUGCUGAUAAGGUUGAAUAAGUUGUAUAAGGGGAAGUUGAAUCCAGCCAUCAUGAGAAAGUAGAAGAAAUUAUACAUGCAAUCAAAUAGGAAGCUCAUUAAGCUGAUGAUUAACAUGAAAAGAAGGAUGAUGAAGAAACUGAUAAAGUUGAAGAAGUUGUGUAAGUUGAAAUUUAACCAAGCCGUCAUGAAAAGGUAGAAGAAAUUGUUUAAGAAGUUAAAUAAGAACUCCAUGAAAAUAAUGAUUAACUUAAAAAUAAUGAGAACUAACAACAGGAUUCUAAUUCAGAUAUCCACAGUUGA